UUCACUUCAUUUUCCACAACAUUUGUCGUCUGUGACACAAAAUAAAUAUGAUAUUUAAAUAACAUUUUGCCAAUAAAUUAUAGAAAAAGAAGGAAGUAAAUAACAUUUAUGAAAUUUUGUUGUCCCUUGUAAUUUGAAUGCAAAGUUAUUGUGGAAAAGAAACAGAGGUAAAUUUAUCAAUUUUACCAACAAUUAAUUUACUAUAUAGCUUGUGAACGUUUUACCGGAAUUUAUAGUGAUUACUGCCGAGGAUCGACAUUGUAAAUUCGAUAAUUUUAUAGAAAAUAAAGCAAUUAUGGAUGUAGAUUCAUCAGAAGGAAGUUCUGCACCAUCACGUGCUGAUAGAGAUGAUGAGAUGGAUGUGGACCAAGCUUUGACCAAUAAAUUUUUAAGUGGAGAGAUGUCUUUCGCUGAGUAUUCAAGUGAAUGGUACCGCGCUGAAGAUGAAGAGGACACGGAAGCCGAACGAAAUGAAGAUGGCGAUGAGGCUGCACAAUCAGUACAAGUAACUGAGAAAUCUUUUCAAAGAAAGCGGAGGAACACGCGCCUUUCUGCAGCACUGGUUGGUCUAAUGGGUGAGGCGAAUAUACGAUUCGCGCGUGGUGAUUUGGAAAUGGCGGAACGUAUGUGCCAUGAAAUUAUAAAGCAAUUGCCUACAGCUGCAGAGCCUUACCAAACGUUAGCUCAAAUAUAUGAGAAUGAUGUGGAUAAAUCCUUGCAGUUCUCAUUGCUUGCUGCACAUCUCGGUCGAGCUGAUGCUGAGGAGUGGUGGCGGCUCGCUGCUAUAUGUAAACAGAGAGAUGACAAGAAACAAGAAAUGAUUUGCUAUACACAGGCCAUCAAGGCUGACCCUCAUAACAUGGGAGCCCACAUGAAGAGGCUUGACUUCUUAAAUGCUUUGGAAGAAAUGAAGUAUCCAGUGAAUACUUUAAAUGUUACAAGAGUAAAGUGUUAUCACAAGAUUGUCAGUUCUUUACCAGCCAGUGAAGGAGAACUAAUAAUGCAAUAUGCUAAAAUGGCAGUCACUUCGUACCACAACAGUGAAGAAAUAGAAAGAGCGCAUGAGGUUAUGGCUACAGCUUACACUAAAUGUGCAUCAUUAUUUACUAUAGAAGAUAUAAACAUUUAUUUAGAAUUGCUUAUUUCUGUUAAACAGUAUCAGACUUGUAUAGAAGUUUUUGUGUCAAAUGUAGGUGUUGAAAUUGAAGCCGAGAUACAAACUAUUAAGAAUGCUAAUGGAGAAAUUGAAGAACACACAAACUACCUGAGCUGUGUAAUUCCCAGUAAAAUGGCCAUAGAUUUAAAAAGUAAAUUACUGGUUUGCUUUAUUCAUUUGGGCUCUUUGAGCCUUGUAGAGACACUAUUGAGUGACUUUCUGAGUAAUGAUGUAGAUAAAGCUGGAGAUCUAUAUAUGGACAUAGAGGAAGCGUUCUCUUCAGUGGGCCAUUACGAGAUGGCCAUUAAAUUACUUGAGCCAUUAGUGAGAAAUACUAAUUUUGAUUUAGGAGCUGUGUGGCUAAAACAUGCAGAAUGUUUGUACAAAUUAGGAAGAGUGGAUGAGGCUGUUGAGUCUUAUUACAAAGUAUUAAAACUUGUUCCACAGCAUCCAAAUGCUCGGAAGAAAUUGUUCAGCAUACUUGAAAAGAAAGGACUCAUUGAGGAUGCAUUAAAUAUUUUGCAACAAGAUUAUAAAUAUGUUGUCAGUGCUAGCUUAUUGUAUGAGCAAUGUCAAGCCCUGAAAAAAUAUAACAAACCAUUAAAGUAUUUGGAGGAUUCGACAUUUUUCCCUAUUCUUAGAUUACUGCUACCUGAUUGUGAACGUGAAAGGGGUGCAUAUAAUUUGAAAGAGACCAAACUUGGUGCUUUAUUGGUAAAAGUAUUAUCUCUGAAUAAACAAUCUGCGGAUGCGCAAAAGUUGUUGAAUUUUCGCUCGAUUCAUUCCUCGACAAAUGAAAGUGACUUUGCCAGCGUGGCGUACUUCGUCUUGAAUAACAGAGCGCAACAAACUACCCCGCAAUUGAAAGUUGGCGCUGUUAACGAAAUUUUGGACAAAAUUGCUAAAGAUGAAGUUGGAAACAAAGCUCCUAUCCUGGAUGAGGCGUUCAGUUACGCUAUAACAAAAUUAACACCUCAAGAGUUCAAAUGGUUUCUUCGAAUUAUAUUGAAAGAUUUGAAGCUCAGCAUGAGUACACAUCGCAUAUUGUCUUGUUUUCAUCCAGACGCCCCUGAACUGUAUAGAAACUGUAGUGAUUUGCAUAAGGUUUGUGACGAGUUGGAAGAUGGUGACGCUCGACCAUUGGAGCUCGGCGUGCAACUGUUCUUUGCGGUGCGACCCAUGCUGUCCGAGCGCAUGGAUGUCACUCAUAUACACCUCGCCCCGAACAAAGCGAACCAUGUCGAAGAUAAGUUUGAUGGGGAAAGAUUUCAGAUGCAUAUGGAUAACAACACUUUCGAGUAUUAUUCGAGAAAGGGUUUCACAUAUUCGAAGAAGUACGGCAAAACGUUUGAAUCUGGCAUACUAACGCCCGAUUUGAGGACUUGUUUUUCAUCGAACGCUCACAAUUUCAUACUUGAUGGUGAAAUGAUGGGUUGGCAUAAGGAAAAACAAUGCUUCGGCUCAAAAGGCAUGGCCUACGACAUAAAGAAGAUAACUGAAAAUUCAUCGUAUCGCGCCUGUUACUGUGUGUUCGAUAUUUUGUACUACAACGGUCGGUCUCUGGUUGGGCCACCAGACAAAGGUGGCUUGCCUCUUAACGAGAGACUCGCAAUAUUGGACGACCUCUUCACAGACGUGCCCGGGGUCAUACAGCACAGUCAACGUGAAACUGUUAAACACGUUUCAGAUGUGGUGAAUGCCAUCAACAAAGCCAUUGACAACCAGGACGAGGGCGUCGUGCUCAAAGACGUCAACUCCUACUACAUCCCCGCGCAACGCAACGCUGGCUGGUUCAAGAUUAAACCCGAGUACACCGAGGGAACUAUGACGGACUUAGAUUUGGUAAUAAUUGGAGCGGAGGAAGCCGUAAACAAGAGACAAGGACGAGCCAAGAGCUUUUUUGUCGCUUGCGCUGACGUUCAGUCGGGUGACAAUAAUCGUCGCUGGGUGUGCGUGGGCCAAGUAGCCAGCGGUGUCACCUACCAGGAAAAAGAACGCCUGUGUGCUCUAUUGGAGAAGAACUGGCGAGUCUCGAGGAACGCGCCGCCGCCCCCGUGUCUGGAAUUCAAUAAAAAGAAGCCGGACUUUUGGAUAUUGCCUGAACAUUCCGUGGCACUGCAAGUUCGUGCCACAGAGUUGGUGCGAGGUUCUGAGUAUGGGUCCACCUAUUCCCUGCGUUUCCCGCGCGUCGAGCGCAUUCGCGACGACAAGCCGGUUGCCGACAUCAUGACUCUGGAGCACUUCAACCAACUCAUUUCUACAAGCAACUCAGUUAUCAAGUUGAGCACAAAACGCAUAGCCGACUCAUCAAUCGAGCCGAUGGAGAGAAAGAUAAAAAGGCCAAGCAAAGCGCUGCAAGUGUCGGACAAAUUCCGCACAAAACUGACCGAAGACGUCGCGGUGACAUCCAAAGCGCUGCUCGGACGGAAACUAUGCGUGCUAUCAGAUGACGAGGACUGCAAGAAAGUGGAUUUGGUGCGGAUCAUACAGUCGCAUGGCGGCAAACAUGUCGAAAAUAGCGGGCCUGAUACGUGGUGUUGUGUGGCUGGUACUAUAACUUUUAAAAUUCGCAAACUGAUAGAGUUACAAAGUGAAGACAUUAUCACCACUUCCUGGCUUCGAUCUCUACCUGCUUCAGACAGUCUGUGCUCGCUGUCGCCUUUAGACAUGCUGUCUAUAAAAUACGAAACUAAAAUGAACUUAUGCAUGGAAUAUGACACGUUUGGAGACAGUUAUAAAGAAGAAUUAGACGAAAACACACUGAGAAAAUGUUUCGCCAAAAUGGAGUCAACAAGAAGGCCAAUAUAUUUAUUGACUCGGGAAAUGCUAGAACUCGAUAGGCAGCUAUUCGGACAAAACAACCCUUUCUCCUUCUUACGUGGCUGUACCAUACAUGUGAGGAACCCCCUGUACGCGACUUUGGCACGAGGGUAUGGGGCCAAAGUUACCGAUGAACCCUCUAUUGCCACCCAUGUGGUCGUACCAACUGGGACGAAGACCGAAGACAUGGACAAUUUGGAUAUAAAUAAAGAAACGAAUGUAGUAAGUGAAGACUGGUUGAAACAGUGUUUUAAAGAAAAUGCAAGGGUUUCCGAAACCGAAUAUUUGUUGUGAUAUUUAUACACUAGACUGUACCUAAUUAUCAGGACGUAUGAACUAUUAUUUACCUAAUUAGGAAUUUACUGAAACAUAUUUUUAUUUAUUUAACUUCAAGUGUGACAAUAAAUUGUGUUAAUAAA